AUGUCGGAAGUAGAAGAAACCACUGGCGAUCUUGUUAAAAGAUCGAAACGGUUUAUCAAAAAUAAGUUCUCAUUCACUCAACACUCAUCUAAGAACAAUGCCGUCAAGAACCCUGAAAGUCCUGGGAGGGGAUCUAUCAACUCAAUUGAGAAGUCAGUUGAACUGAACGUACCCAAUGGAGAACAAAGCCUCGAAUCCCCGGUUGAUGAAACAAACCAACUUGGCACUCAACCAGAUGGCACUUCACAUGCAUUUCCUGUCGAUGGCCAAGGCCCUCAGGACACUUUCCACGUAUCGCAAGGUGUUCAAAGUCCUUCAUCUGGGCUACCAACUGAGAGCGCUGUGUUCAAUGGAGUUUGUGCACCAAAUGGUUUUCGAGCCGCACAAUCCAAGGAACUUCCGCUUCUUCCGGCAGCUCACCAAACCCAAGUCAUGGGUGCCUCUCGCGAUGAGAACAUCUCGUAUGGGCAGAAGGAUUUAGCAGUGACUCUCAAGGAGCAAUCGGAGUUUAUCGACAACCUCGUUGCCAAAAACAAGUCUCUUUCACAGCAACUGGAAGCAGAGCGUCAAAAGCGCCAGAAAGACCUUGCAUACUGGAGAAACCGCACCAGCGAAGCCGCAAGCAAGAAUGCCAAUCUUGUUCCUGGAAUGCCUCUCAGUCAGCCAGAAACCGAACUCCGCAACGAGUGGCGAAACCUGGCCUUUGAUGUGAGGAACUUGGUGGACAACUACUUUAAGAAAGUGAGCACUAGCAAACUUGAGGCUUGGGGAGAAGAGAACGGGGAUUUCCUUCGCAAGAUCACCCCGACUUAUCAACAAGUCAUAAGAGGGGGGCGGUCAGGCCUUGCUAUGGUCGAGGCGGCUGUUUGGCAGGGCCUCUGUAGGGCAGUGUUUGGGGGCCUGAGGGAAGACAGUCCCAUGAUCUGGGCUGGUCCAUAUCAAAGUAGUCUGAGAGUAUUAGUGAACGAACUCCAGCAAGACCAAAAGCAGAACGAUUCCGAGCAGUUUUCUCCCCUCUUCCACCAGUGGGGUACUCUUACGGCCAAUCUGAUAGAAGUACUUCGGGCAUCCGAACAUCAUUACCAACGGAUCCAUCCCGUAGUCCAAGACCUAGAAGAUCUAUUCUUUGCCUGUCGCUCUGUCGGCGUGAUGUACAAAUCCGACACAUAUCGACGGGACUUGCGGGCCCUGGUCACGAAGGCCAUCAGGUUUGACUUCAACUUGUCUGGUCAAACGGCUGAGUAUUUCAUCGAUUGGCCGCGGUGUGGUCGAUUCAACGUGCCGUUUGAUCAGAAGACAAUGCAAGUGUCACAACGGAGUCCCCAGUCAACCAGGAAUGCAGGAUGGCAGUUUAAUGGCCGUUGA